AUAGAAUAUUUAUUAUAUACGGUAAACACUUGUAACCAAUUAAAAUUAAAUAAAUUAAUUUUCAUUUGAGUAUGACAGAUGAUGAAUUAGAGUCCAAUGAAAAAAAUAUAAAGGUUUUUGUGAGAAUUUUACCACUUGAAAAGAUAUGUGAAACGUGCGCAAAAAUUGAUACUGAACAUAAGACAAUAUGCAUAAGAUGUUUACAAGAUUUGUAUAUGAGGAGAUCUGCUAUAAACAAUCAUAUUUAUUGGUGCUUUCAAACAGAUGGAAUUUUUUAUAAUGCAUCUCAAGAAGAAGUUUAUUAUGCUGCAACGAAAAAUCUUAUAGAGAAGGUUUUAGAUGGUGUAAACUGUAUAAUAUAUAGUUAUGGCCAAAUUGGCUCUGGAAAAAGUUUUACGAUUGGUGGUUUCAGAAAUAACUGGGAACACAGAGGAUUGGUUAUGCGGCUUCUGUCUGAUAUGUUUGUAGAAAAAGCAAAACGAAGGAAAUUUAAUAAGAUACAGUAUCAGUUAAGUUUUGUUGAAUUACGGGGUAAGGAAGUAAAAGAUCUUUUACUUGCUAAAACAGAAAACAGAAUUAAAAUAAAUAAUACAGAUGCAUUUAAGAAUGUAACAAUAAUAAAUAUAAAGAAUCAAGAGAUAGCAUUGAAGAAACUUUUUGAGGGAGAGACUAGAAGAUCUAUGAUUACUGGCUCUAUGUAUCCAGUUUCCCAUUUGGGUACUGCAGUAAUAACUUUUCAUGUUUCGAGUACGAGUUUAAUCACCUCGUGGGCCGUUGUGGCGACAGCCAAAAUACAUAUUGUAGAAAUGGCAGGAACAGGAACAGUAGGAAAACGGAAUUGCAUGAAGUCGCCGAUCGACGUGGGUACAGCGAAUUUAGGUCAAACUCAAGUCGAACAAUUUUUCUUAUAUUUGAGAGGCUUUGAAAUAUCUACAAAGUGUAUAUUACGUUCUAAUAAUCUUUUCAAGUUUUUGGGUCAAGCUCUUUCCGUUACGUCGAUGCUUCGAUUUAUUGCACACGUAUGCAUUACGAAAGAAGAUUUAGAUUCGACAUUGUCUACUUUGCGAUUUGCUUCUACAGUUUCGAAAUUACGGCCGGUUAAAAUUACAUACAACAUUAGACCACAGACUGAAACAAUCAUAUUGGAACUUAAAAAAGAGAUUAAAAUUUUGAAAAGAGAAUUGGAAUUAAAUGAAAUAUUUUUUAAUCAGGAAACAACAAUGAAUAUAUCAAAAUUAAGAUACGAACAAAUACAUCGCGAUGUAUUGAAUUUUUUAAAUGGUACAUUAUCAGAUCUGACGUUAUAUAGUGUUUCGCAGAUGGAAAUAUUAUUAAAAAUUAUUAAAAAUUUAUAUCACGAAUUGACUUUGAAACAAGCCGAGAUUGAUAACGCUUUGAAAAAUAUAAAUCAAAUAACUUCUUCAAUGAAUUUAUCGGAAUCUAAUAAUAAGAUCGUUUUACCACCCAAGAAUAACUCAAUUACGAAUAAAACUCAAAAUACUGGACCAAAUUUUUCACAAAUAAGUAACAAUAUUUUUCAAAGUCCAGAAACGGAGCAAGUUGGUGUAUUAAAUGAUACAGGUAUCACAUUAGGAAAUUUUAAUAAAGAAGAAUUUGAAAAAAUACGUAAACAUGAAAAAUCUUCAAAAGUAAAUUCGCUAAAUUUCAACGUAAUAGAAAUACGUGGUUCGACUUAAUAAUUAUGUAUGAAUACUUUUUAUUACGUGAGUAAAACAAUUUUAUGAAUUUAUUUAAAGGUCCAUGAACAAUGCAAAGAAAAUAAUGAACUUUCGGUUCACUCUAUCGAUGGAGAGAAAGCCGUAGAAGAUUUGAAAGAUAAAUUCUAUCAGUUACAAAAUAUGAUGCUACGUAUUAUCGAGGUAAAAACGUGAAAAAAUGUUGAUUACUUUUUUAUAUUUUUGUAGUUCGGAUAUCCUAAAUAUUCUAUCUCUUUCUUUAGACUAAACAUCAACCGAAGAAGUCUAUGAUAGCGCGGAAAAUAUGUAAAAAUUGAAGAGUGUUCAGUGAUAUUAAGUAAUGUAAUAAGAUAAUUUAAUGAAUAAUAGACGAUACGUAUAAUGCAAUAUAAGUUUAUAUUAAUCUAGAUCAAAUGGAGACUCAUGAGAUGUUGAUAAA